ACAACAACUAGAACUUGACCAUGAUGGCUAUUUCGAAGACCUCGUCCGCAGCGCUUCUCCUCAUCGCCGCAGCUUCUACCGGCGUCUCGGAAGGCGCAAACCUGCGCCAGAUGCAGCGAAACUUGGGCGCGACGUACUCGCAGUCCAGUGACUUCCACUCCGAAAUGCUGGCUCGGGUUAAUAAGGAGCGUGCUGCUGAAGGCCUUCCUCCUGUUUGCGGUAACAAGAAGCUGCUUUCGUCAUCCCAGCGUCACAGCGACGACAUGGCCCAGAACAACUACAUGGCUCACGACGGAACGGACGGCUCCACGAUGUCCCAACGCAUCACCGACACGGGCUACAAGUGGAGCGCUGUCGGCGAGAACGUUGCUGCCGGUCAGGUAGAUGUCCAAGCCGUCAUGGACGCCUGGAUGCACUCGCCUGAGCACCGUGAAAACAUCAUGGGCGAGUACACCAUGGUUGGAGUUUCGUACGCCUACAACGACAACACCGAGUACAAGCACUAUUGGACCCAAGAUUUCGGCAAGGGAGACACCGAAUCGUGUGAUUCUGACUCGAACCAGGAACAAGAACAGAGUCCUGAUCAGGAUCAAGUUGCUCAAAAUGACGACAAUGUUCAGGGCGAGGCCGACAAUGAGGAGACGCCGGUCCCCAAGACUGCAGCUUACGUGACUGAGGCACCAGAAUCUGAAGCUCCGUGCCCCGAGGAACAGCCUGGCAAGGUCCAAGGUGUGACCGGCACGGAUUCGCAACAGCCUAGUGUACCCGUGCAGGACACUACUCCGGCACCGGAGGCUCAGCGAUCUGCUGACGAGCAAGACGUCCCUGGUAAGGUUAGCUCGGCGAACGACUGUGACGCGAAGUUCUAACACAGCACGGAUCUCUAAUGUAAUAUAGAUGUGAAAACCA